GGGGGGGGGGGAGUCCAAGUUGCCUUCAAGUACCGAGGGAAUCCAAGAAAUUAAAAGCAUCCCACUUGCACUGAUACGGGGUCGCCGCAUGCAGAAAUAUGCACUUUUUCCCCUUCUUUUCCAACACAAAUGAGUGAUGAGAGUCGCUGCUGUCUUUGAGCCUCCGUCAGAAGCUCGGUGACAUAUUUUUCAUCUUUUUCAUCUUUUUUUCUUUUUCUUCUCAUGGUCGUUUUUCUUUUCUUUCUGACUUGUUCACCCGGAGAGAGUCGAUCCGAGUCUUCAGCCCACGUGUGUCGAUGCUCUGGUGACUGGAGCCGUGAUGAAGUGGGAGAAGCUGAAGCCUCCGGAGCCCGACGACCACAUGUGCUGCUGCCAGUGCGACGUGGACCAGUACGGCUGCUGCUGCGACUGUGAGGACCUGGACGAGUCCUUCAACAGGUGGCUGAAGGACCGCGCCCCUCCAGGUGGAUGCCAGUCUUCCGUAUGCGGGUCCAUCGUCGAGCGACUAGAGAUCUCUCCGAUCCCGGUCCUGCUGCUGCUGCCCGUCCUGCUGCGGGUCGCCUCGCUGCACCUCCUGCUGGGUAUCGUGGUCCUGACGGCGCUGCCCGUCCUGGUGCUGUGGUACUACUACGCCACGCACAGGAAGAGGCGGCGCACCCUCUUCUUCCUCGCCCUCGCCCUCUUCUCCCUGUUCUACACGUAUUACCUCUUCGUCUCGGAGAUCUUACCCCGCGGGGACGUCGGCCGGCCGCAGCAGUGCGCCGUGACCUCGGGGGUCAUUCUCACCGUGGUGUGUCUCGUCCGCACCAAGAGGGGCCCGGGGUCCGUGGAGACCGCUCCCGACGGCGAGGACUCCGAGAGACGCCGUGGAUCCGUCCGGUCGGCGGCGUCCUCGGGGAUCGCGGCGGAGUUGCAGAUGAUGAAAGAAGAGGGCGUGUCGGGGAAAUGGAGCACAUGUCCCGCGUGCAAAAUAAUGCGACCCCCGAGGGCCGGGCACUGCCGGACAUGCGGCUCAUGCGUCCACCGCCUGGACCACCACUGCAUCUGGAUAAACAGCUGCGUUGGACAGGCAAACCAUCGCAGCUUCGUGCUGACCCUGUCCGUGUUCCUGUUGACCUCUGUGCACGCCAUCGGCGUGGUGCUGCGCAGCCUCUGCCCUCAGCAGUACGUGGUGACGGCGCUCCUCUACUGCCCCGGCGUCUACAGUCAGUCCAGCAUGGCCCUCUGCUUCACCUGCGCCUGGUACAGCAGCAUGGUCACAGGCGGACUCCUUUACCUGCUGGUGGUCCAGGUCGUGAACAUCAGCUUCAACGUGACGGAGCGGGAGGCCCAGCUGGCCCUGAGGAACCAUACGGGCCGGCGGCGCCUCUGGGGCCUCGUCGUCGACACGGGGGAGUAUUCGCGCGGCUUCUAUCAGAACUGGGUGGACUUCCUCACCAUGGCGGAGGCCUCGGUUCCUCCUCGCUGCAGCCUCACUGACUUGGUCUAGUUUCUCUGUUAUACUUCACGAUAACAGAGUUUUUUUUACUACAGCAUGACUUGAUAAUGACAUCUCGGCUGAUGUCUUCCAAUGCUUGUUGCAUUCGAGCUUUAAAAAAAGAUUUUAACCACAAGCUGUUAAUGUAGACUGCUUAAAAACUACACAUUCACUCAGAAGAAUGGUUCUUAAAUGUUUCUGUAAAAGGCUGAAAAACCGUUUUAACUAUCGGAAGGUUCUACAUACAUGUCAUAUGGUUCAUAAGGGUUCUUCAGUAGUAUGCUUAUAUAUUUGAUUUAUUUGUAUAUAUUUAUUUUGUAUUAUAUAAUAAUAUAAUAAUAAUAUCAUAUAAUAAAUAUAUAUAUAUAAUUAUAUUAUAAUAAAUAUUAUAUUUAUAAAAGAAAAAUUAUAUAUAUAUAUAAAUAAUAGUAAUAAAUAGUAAUAUAUAAUAUAUAUUAUUAUAUUCUAUCUUAUUAUUUAUUCAUUUAAUAAUAUAUAUAUUAUCUAUUAUUAUUUAUUUAUAUACAUGCUUUUUUAUUUUAUAUAUAUAUAUAUUAUAAUAAUAUAAUUAUAUAAUACUUUGUAUAACUACACGUGCAGCCAUUAAGGCUGCAGGCUCUUUCUUCGAUGGUAUUAUGUAUGUUCUCCAUCUGCAAAAUGUCAUCAUCAUUUAAGCUGUCUGAGUAAAAAAAUGUUGUCUGCAUGCCAAUUAAACAAUGAAAAAACAAUCAAGUUCAAGCAAAAGAAGAACAGUAGCGUCUCAGGUAUCUUUGGAUUCUUCCCUGUGGAGAUCUUCUGAGUCAAACUGGGACAGAUGCCAUGCAAUUCCCCUCAGCACUUUAAUAAAAACCUGUUCAUUCAGCAUUACAUCAAACAAAACACGGCAUGAAAAUCUGGCACAGGCCGAUGGAGCACUGCACGUGACCCCCGUGAGUCAGUCAUAACUAUACCUGGAGCCGCUUCACUCAUCUUCACUGCUAUGACUGAUGCAACUUGUAUUAAUGGAAUAGUUUCCUCUGUAUUACUCUGUUAUUGAUUUUUUUGUUCCUGAUGUAAUGGUUUUUGCCCAUGGCGCUCCUCUCAGACUGUCCCGACCUACACACUUUAAGACGCGCAGGGUUUGUUCCUGUAAACAAUUACACAUAUUAUUUAUUUAUAUUAAGCCGAAAGCCACAAUGUAUAAUAUUUAAGAUGUAUAAGUAAAUCCAUUCGCUGUUAUAUAGCAUAAUAAACAGCAAACUGAACAGUG